GUUGAGCGGGCUUCAAGAGAAGCUGUUGUGGCAAAUUUUUACACCUCGAAAAAACAAACUAUAAGCCAAACGACAGGCGAGGAAAAACUGUAGUGCAAGCGUGUUGUAGAGAGGCGGUAACCAAGCGCGUUUCAACGUAUGACAUGGCGUAUGAGUGACGUUACAGCAUCAAUUUAUCAAAUACUAUCACUGCAAAAAUAUAAAAUCACAAAUGUACGUAUGUAUUUUAUACAUAAUCAAGUGUGUGUAUGCGACAACCGUUAAUUCUGUUAAAUAAACAUAAGGACAUAACACGUCUAGUAUUGGUGCAGAGCUCAGCGGCAUUAAGCUGCACUCAACAUGGAUGAAUUCCCAGUGGUUCAAGUGCCAGUCGACGAAGUGCUCGAGGAAGCAGAAUUUGAGCGACUGUAUUCGGCACCCACUGGCAUCGUGGUGUUACUGUCCAUUUUCUAUGGCACUAUAAGUAUUCUGGCAGUUAUCGGCAACUCACUGGUUAUUUGGGUUGUGGUGACGACACGUCAAAUGCGCACCGUUACAAACAUGUAUAUAGCCAAUUUGGCUUUUGCGGAUGUGGUCAUCGGUUUAUUUUGCAUACCAUUUCAGUUUCAAGCCGCUUUAUUACAACGCUGGAAUCUGCCGUGGUUUAUGUGUGGCUUUUGCCCUUUUAUACAGGCGUUAACCGUUAACGUGUCCGUUUUCACACUCACUGCAAUCGCAAUCGACAGGCAUCGAGCCAUUAUAAAUCCGCUGAGGGCUCGACCUACAAAAUGGGUGUCCAAGUUAAUACUCAUCGGCAUUUGGCUGGCGGCAUUUCUAUUCGCCACACCCUGUGCCAUAGCAUUUCGCGUUGAAGUGGAGCAUGAGCGCUACAGAGAAAACGGCAUUAUUUUCAAUGUUACCCGACCAUUUUGCAUGAAUAAAAACCUUACCGAGAAGCAAUUACAAACAUAUCGUUACACGUUGGUGUUCAUGCAGUACUUUGUGCCGUUUUGCGUCAUCAGUUUUGUCUACAUACAAAUGGCGGUGAAGUUGUGGGGCACACGAGCGCCUGGCAAUGCUCAAGAUACGCGCGACAUAACACUUCUGCGAAAUAAAAAGAAAGUCAUAAAAAUGCUUAUAAUUGUUGUAGUCGUCUUCGGUCUGUGCUGGCUGCCGCUGCAAUUGUAUAAUAUUUUGUAUGUGACGUUCCCCGAAAUAAAUGAAUAUCAUUUCAUCAACAUAAUAUGGUUUUGCUGCGAUUGGCUGGCGAUGAGCAACAGCUGUUAUAAUCCGUUCAUUUACGGUAUUUAUAAUGAAAAAUUCAAGCGUGAAUUCAAUAAGCGCUUUGCCACAUGCUUCUGCAAGCCACACAAGCUGCUCGAUGUGCCGGAGCGCACAAUGUCCAUGCACACACGCGUCAGUUCCAUACGCUCCGGCAGUGUGCCCAACUCAUCCAUGCGAAUACGCACCAAUUUGCACGGAAGCGUGAAUGGCAAUGGUGGCAGCAUAUCGGCAGCAAAAUCCCAUGCAACAACAGCAAAUAGCAACGCCUUUUCACACGAAUUCGGUCGCAAUGAAAAUGCCAUGUCAUUUGAACUAACUAACCUCGCUUCAAGAAACCCAAGUGGUAUUGAAAGUAAUAACAACAAUAACAGCAACAGCAACUAUAAUAUAAAUACUUCCAGCAGCAAUGUCAAUAGCAUGCAGUUGCAAGAAACUGAAGUUAUCGCCGGCGAGCACACAUGUGUGGGCGAAUUGAACGCAUUGAUGGAGCUUGAAGCGUUGUCAUAUAAUGCGUACAAUGCGGGCAACAGCACAUAGUGCCGCACAAGUGGCCGUUGAGCACUCUAGCGCUAAGCUAGUGCUGUCAAGCAUUAUUUAUUUGUAAGUGUGCAUGCGUUGUGUGAGCGCAAAUGUUCCCGGCCAAGUGUUUGGGUGUUUACAUUAAGAUUUUAAGCCAUUGAGUGGGAAUUAUGAGCUUGGUCAUGCAUUUAGUAUUAUACGUAUUAUUGCGUUUAUUGAUAGCAACUUGUAAAAUAAUAAUUAUAUAACUG